AUGACAUAUAAAAUUUCCUCUCGUCUUUAUUCACUCCUUUUAAUUCUUCUAAUCACCAUAACAUUACUUGAUGCUGCCGAUCCAAUUACUUCUCAAUCUGCCAAAAUUCAGUCCUCAAAACAUGUCAUACCAGCAACCCAAACUUCUGUCUCACAAGUUCACCCGACAUUUUCAGCCUCUCAAUCCUCGUCGUCAUCACCAACACCAACACAAAAAUAUAACUAUGAUUACAAUUCAUUGCCUGGAAAUCCAGAUCCGGAUCAAAUAAAAGUUAUUACGGCCACAACUAUUAAACAUUAUGGAACGAAUAGGUCGGCUAAACCUACGGGAAUCGCGAUUACGCAUGCCGAAAGUGGGGCGGCAAAUAAAAGGGCAAAGUUUGGUGUUGUUCUUGGGAUGAUCUUUGUGAGAGUUAUUGUGUUAUUAUUAUAA